AUGGGGAAGAUGGGUGACACCUGGAUGGGGGUGGAGCCAAUCACAAAGACAGCUGAAACAGAUCAGGCGGGAGCCGGUGCCAGCGUCCUGCGCAUCACGCCUCCGAGGGAGUACGAUGGAGCAGCAGCCGGGUGCCAGGGAUUUCUACUCCAACUUGAUCUCUACCUGGCCACCAUUCGGCCUGCUCCCUCGGACGAGGAGAGCGUGAGUGUCCUCGUUUCCUGCCUGUCAGGUAGGGCCCUGGAGUGGGCCAACGCCGUAUGGAAUGGACCAGACUCAGCGAGGGGUCACUACCUGGAGUUCACCCGCCGUUUCCGGGCUGUGUUUGAUCAUCCCCCGGAUGGCCGAGCGGCGGGGGCAGGCGCUAACUCUCUGGCAUGGGUCAAGCUCUUCAAAAAGCCUGGAGCUGUUGGUGGUGGUGGGGGUCUGGGGAAGUCCUAUCAGCCUGGGAGCAUGUUGUCUCUGGCUCUAACCAAAGGCCUGCUGAACGAACCAGGCCAGAAUAGCUGCUUCCUCAACAGUGCCGUACAGGUAUUAUGGCAGUUGGACAUUUUCAGGAGGAGUUUGAGACAGCUUCCUGGUCAUUUUUGUCUAGGGGAUGCCUGCAUUUUCUGCGCUUUAAAGAGUAUUUUCAGCCAGUUCCAGCAGAACCGAGAGCGAGCGUUGCCUUCGGAUAGCCUGCGCCACGCCCUCGCCGAAACCUUUAAGGACGAGCAGCGCUUCCAACUUGGCCACAUGGACGACGCUGCAGAGUGCUUCGAGAACAUUCUGGAGAGGAUUCACCUGCACAUCGUUUCUGACACAGCGACUGAGGCCUGCACAUCCAAGUCCUGCAUUACCCACCAGAAGUUUGCCAUGACACUUUAUGAACAGUUUGUAUGUCGUAGUUGUGGCGCCUCGUCGGACCCCCUUCCUUUCACAGAGUUAGUGCAUUAUGUCUCCACCACAGCCCUAUGCCAACAGGUGGACCGCGUCUUGGGGCAGAACGACAGGCUUCGGUCGGACAUGUUCGGGGAAUUGCUGCAGGCGGCAAGCACCAUCGGUGACCUACGGAACUGUCCGAGCAACUGUGGCCAGAGCAUCAAGAUCCGUCGGGUUCUCCUGAACCGCCCAGAGAUCGUCACCAUUGGCUUUGUGUGGGACGCAGAGCAGUCUGACCUUACAGAGGACGUGGUGAGGUCACUGGGUCCACAUCUCAACCUCUCGGGGCUGUUCAACCGGGUCACUGAUGAGAACGCCAAAAGGAGUGAGUUACAUCUCGUGGGAAUGAUUUGUUUCUCCAGCAAACAUUACUCUGCGUUCGCUUAUCACACCAAGUCCUCAAAAUGGGUCUUCUUUGAUGACGCCACCGUGAAAGAGAUCGGAUCCAAGUGGAAAGACGUGGCCUCUAAAUGCAUCCGGGGACAUUUCCAGCCACUGCUCCUGUUCUACACUAACCUAGAGGGGACCCCAGUCUCCAGCGAUGACGCGCCCAGACAAACGAUUAUGUGUCCCCGCUUCAAAGCUCACGUCAACGGGGAAGUGCCAGCAGGGAUGAUGAAGUUGGAUGCCGUCCGGGAGAAUGCAGGCCCAUUCCGCUCCAACCAGGGGCCCUAUAAACAGAUGCUACUUCCACCCUCCACCUCAGGCUACAAAAGAGAUAUGGUCUAUGCAAGAUCCCCUUCUGAGGACGGGCUGAGGCAGCACGCUGACCAGAGGUUGCGAGGCGGCAGUGGAGCCCGGGCUGACAAGUUGUCAUCCUCCCACCAGAGCAGAGCUUCCCAGGACCCACACUCUCAAUCCGGUGCCCUUGGCGGACACAGUUGGAGACAGGAAACCUCCCCUGGUCGCCAAGAACAGGACGGCAGCCAGGACGCGUGGGAUAAGGGCAGCAGGUCGGGAGCGGGCAGUAACAAAGCCAAGCCCUCCUGGAGGCCCAUCCGGGAAGUUCUGAAUGUGGACAGCGUCUUGAACGACCUUGAACAGCGACAACAACAGUGGCACUAUGGCGGCGGUGGUAGCCCCCGGCUCGCUAAACCCUUCUGUCAGGAGAUCCCGCACGCCAGCAAACAGGACAACCGGGACUGGCAAAAAGAGCGGGACAGGGAUAAAGAGCGGGAACGGGACCGUCUCAGGAUGAGGGAAGAGUGCAAGCAGCAGAAGGGCUUGAUGACGAUUUACGAGGACGAGCAGCGGCAAGAGACAGGGAGCCACAGCUCCCUAGAAUCGGAGGGCAGGGCAAGUGGGCACGGCGACCGGGGCGGUGGAGGGGGUGGAAGCAGUGGGAAUAGGGCCAAGGGCGGGCCCAAAGCCCUGUUGCGCAGCGACACCUGGACCAUCCAGAGGACUGAGUCGGGAUACGAGAGCAGCGACCGGCUGAGCAGCGGCUCCACCAACCCUGACUCACCCGGGGUGGACAAUUUUGCCGGGAAGGAGCAACGGUUGACACCAGAGGUGCAGUCUCAGAGACGAAAAUGUAGAUACAGCCCCGGUAGUUCUAAGAAAGGAGCUGGUCCAGAGAGGGAUGCUAGCUCCUCAGACAACAGGAGCAGUCACAUGAUGGAAUCACCAGAGAUGAGUAACAACAACAGAGGUGGUCACCAUGGCGAUAGCCCCGCCCUGCGGCGCUUGGGUAAACCCAGCAGCUCGGAGUGGAACAGCCCCGACAACCUGUCUGGGAAUCUCUCGGAACCAGAGGACAGUGCCUACCGCUCGAGCAACAGCAAGCCCCUUCUGUCCGAGUCACCAUGUCCCCCCCACCACCUGGCCUUCCACCAACCCCCCCAUAUCGAACUGGAAGAGCCCUCAUCUCAACAUCAGCCCGCCACACCACCACUGCCUCACCCCAAAGCCGCCCAGCAAGCUUCCCCUCCCCAGGGGGAUGUUGGCCGCAACUGCUUCCAUCCCAGGCUACUCCAGGAGCCCUCCCAGACCAGCCCCCGGCCCAGCGUCUGGCCCACCCCGGCCUCACAUACCCCCAGCCCCAACCGGAGGUCGGAAUCCAAUGGCCCUCUGCAGAGGCCCUCGACGGGUGCCAGCUCCAAGUCGGGCUCGGACCCAGAGAGGAGUAACCCGUCGUCGGGCGAAAGUGAGGAGAGGCUUCCCAUCUGCAGGCCACCUGGAGCCGAGUCAGCGGCAACCCAAGGGGUUUCCCUCACCACGUACUUCAGUGUGGACAAUUGCAUGACGGACACGUACAGACUUAAGUACCAUCACCAGCGACCCCUCCUACUCUCGGCUAUUGUGCCCCGAGCAUCGACGGAGCCCCGAGAACACCCCAGCCACCACCUGCACCCCGCAAACACACACUCCAUGCUAGACCCACCCAAAACCCGGCCUGAUGCAGACUAG